AUGACAGAAGAAGUUAUUGUUAUAGCAAAGUGGGAUUACACUGCACAACAGGACCAAGAACUUGACAUAAAGAAGAAUGAACGCCUCUGGCUGUUAGAUGAUUCCAAAACAUGGUGGAGGGUAAGAAACGCAGCCAACAAAACAGGAUAUGUGCCAUCAAAUUAUGUUGAGAGGAAGAACAGCUUGAAGAAGGGUUCCUUGGUUAAAAAUCUGAAAGACACAUUGGGUAAGUCCUUUUGGAGUCUUGCAUUAAUUCUUUUCAGAAACCAAUUAUGUUAAAACGCCUGUAGGGCGAACAUCAUGUCAGCAUUGCAUAUGAAAAGGAGUGUGGAUAUUUGCUCUUAAUUCGGAGCUCAUAAUUUUAAGCAGCAGAGAAUUUGUUUUUGUAAGAAGCUAUUUUUGUAUUAUCAAGAGGAAAUGCAAGUAGAGAGAAAUUUUUCUUUUGUCCUUAAUCUGUUUAUCAGAUUUUUGUAAGAAUGCACACGCCACACUCCCUGUUUUUCCCUACAAAAACAAAGACUUUAAAGUAUGUCAAGUGUACUGGUAGCACCAACACUUUGGAUUGUGUUUUUUGUUGGUAUACUUGUGUCGAGUCGUGCAUGUGGGCAGUUGUUGUGAAAUUUACAAAAGCUUUUAUCUCUUAAUGGCCUUUAUUUUUUAAUUUCUCAUGGGGACUUCACUGAUUAAAGAAGAAUGACUGGUGAUCCUGUUUUCAUGGUAACUUUCAAUUUGUUAGACUCGUCUGAAACUUUUGAGUGGUAUUGGACUAAGUUAUACUUGGGCCCAUUAAUGUCUGUGGGUCUCAUUACAUUCAGUGACUCUACUCUGAGUUGAACAUCCUUGAAUAUCACUCUUAUCUCUUCCCCAGCUACCUCCGUGUGUGCAGCCUGUGGGCUCCUUUGUUUUAUAGCAUGCUGAAUUUUCUCUAGUCUUGUACCAAAGUGAUGGCGAGAGUUUAAUGAUCUCCGUUUAUCCUCCAAUUGCUACAUCGGGAAUUUCUUUACUUAAAAUUCUCAGGUUACGCUUUUUGUUCUACUUUAACCAUAAGUGGCAUUUGCUCAAUUUAUGUGAUCGUCAAAGAAGCCGAGCAGUUCUUGUUUUGUACUUUGAGGAUAAAUAUUGUGAAUAUGAGUCAGAGGUUUUCAACCUUUUUUGAGUCCAUGACUCCCUUGACCAACUAUAUUCUUUCUGCGGCACCCCUGUGGGGCUCAGGAGCCCAGUUAUGUCACCCCUUGCCUGCAGAGCUGGCAGCCCCUCACCCUUUUUUGAACACCCUCCCUUGUGGAGUGUUCCCUCAGCCUCCUCUCCUUGAGAACCCUCUGGGCAGCCACUGCUGCCACCCCUGGUCUCUGAACUUCUCCCCACAAUCCUAGUUGAGAGGCAGAGACGUAAGAGGGCAUCAGAAGAGGGAGGGAAGGAAAGAGGGGCAGGGGCCAGUGUUGCUCACAGGACCUCUGACCACCCUUCAAGGCACACCAGGGUGCCACAGCACCCUGAUUGAAAAUCACUCUUCUAAGUGAUGCCUGUUUCCCUGUCUGUUAUAAUCCUAUACCUUUUGUUUGUGUGUUCCUUCCUCUCCAUGUUUCUAUAUUUAUUACUACCAUUUAGUUGCUGCUAUGUUUUGUCCUUUGCCGAAUUCAGUUACUGCCUAGUGGAGACCUAAUUUUUUAUCUUUACAUGAGUGAGCAGAAAUGCAAAUCUGUGGUGGGAGAGGUGGUGCAUUUCAUGUGAUUAUUUGCGAAUAUGUACCAGAAGCACAUAGUCUUUCUCUCGCAUAUGGGAUUUCUUAUUUAUGAUGCAACUCAUUGCUUGCUUUAAAUGUACUAGACUAAGUUGCCAAACUUACGGAGUUUCCUGAUAUCAUUUUGCCGUGUUCCUCCACUUCCACUUGACAUAAUUGGCAGAAUGGAAAAAUAGACAGGAUAAUGAUGCUGGGGUAAUGAUAAUAAGUUUUCCUAGAUCCCCCAAUAAAUUUUAUUGAAUCUUUUCAUCAUAAAAUACAAUAAAAAACCAAAUUAAUCUAAAUUGAAAGCAAAAACAAAGAAGAGGAAAUAAAAUAAAAGGCCCUCACUCAAAGGUAGAUCUCAAUCCUUGUCUCACUCAGAAGAGGAGGAGGAGGAGUUUGGAUUUGAUAUCCCGCUUUAUCACUACCCGAAGGAGUCUCAAAGCGGCUAACAAUCUUCUUUCCCUUCCUCCCCCACAACAAACACUCUGUGAGGUGAGUGGGGCUGAGAGACUUCAAAGAAGUGUGACUGGCCCAAGGUCACCCAGCAGCUGCAUGUGGAGGAGCGGAGACGCGAACCCAGUUCCCCAGAUUACGAGACCACCGCUCUUAACCACUACACCACACCGGCUCUCACCUGGGAGAACCUUCUCACCUGGGAGCUUUUCUUUCUUCUCCCAGCCCCCUCACCUUAGGAAAUCUUCCCUUCCCUGCCUCUCACACAGGGUCCUUCACUAGCCAGCCUUCAACCUUCAUGUGCAUACAAUCCUGUAGAGAUGGUGCCCCUAUCUUCCUUGUAAUUCACCAUGCCCCAGCGUCUACCAAUAAAAAUAUAUGUUUAAAAAGUGUCCUUUUGAUGACACAAAGCAAGAGUUUUUACCAGUUAAGAUAUCAUUCCCACCCACUAUGCCCCUGCCUGGUAUUUCAGUGAACCAGCUUAAUUUUGCCUGUUGAUAGUGAGACAAAAACCAUAUCAUGAUCCAUCUCUAGCCCUAGUGGUAGGUGACUAUUAAUCUGGAAUGGGGAAACAGAUCCUGCCCACCUCAAAAUGCUCACACACACAAUCCAACAGGGCCUAGGUGAGAACUCCACUGUAGAUGUGCAACCAAGUGUGAAUUUGUAUCAGAACAGAGACGUGUUUUUUUAGGUUAGAGUGUCUUGCGUGAAGUGUGAUCGGUGCCUUGUCAAUCAAAGGUCUUGACUUCAUGUUCCAUUUAAUGAAAAUGAGGCUGUAUAUCUUUGAGGGCAGUAAGGCUUCAGACACAUGGUUCUGAUGUAUAAUUAGAUGCUGAUGUCACAGAACACAUUGUGCUGUUUGGUGCUUUGAUUGUAGUUGCUGAUAGUUGUUUAAACAGAAAAACCGAGCAAAUGUCGGAAUUAACAGCAUUUGCCCAAUAGCAAAGAUUUGUUUACCUCAUGGCAGAUGAAGUUGAUGGACUAUAUGGAACUGGCGGAAAUGACUGGCAGAAACCGAGACCAGGGAGAAGAGUCGGUGGAAGAAGAUUGGAAAAAAUUUAAAGAUUAUUUACAGAAAUACUGUAAAAUUAAUGAAUGUUAGAAAAAUGUUGGAAUGAAGUUAUAUGGCUUUAGUAGAAAUGUUAUAAGGAAUUAAGUACAGAUAGGUUAAUAGAGCAUUAAAGGAAAAAAUAAGGUUAGAAUGAGUUAAGAUAAUUAUAGGAUAGAAAACAGAGGAAGAUGGAAAGGAAUUGCUGAAAUAAUUAACAGAAGUGGAAUACAAAAUGGGAGGUGUGAGGAGGUCGCGGAAAUAAGUGAGUGAAAGAUGGGAUAAUGAAAUUGUUUGAUUUAUUUUAUUGUUUUUGUUUUGUUUUGUUAAUUUGAUGUGUUGCAUUGUAUUGUCUUUCUAGUGUUUAAGUUUUUGGAAAAAUAAUAAAUAUUUUUUUAAAAAAAAAACCAGAUUUGUUUACCUCUUUAUAGCAACAUAGCUUCUUUUCCUUUUUCACUCUCAGUUCAUUUCCUGAAAAUUUGACCAAAAAAAUUUAAAAGGCACAUUUAUCCCAAUGCUCACCAAAGCAUGUGUAUGUAAACUGAUAAUAUAUAGCACCAAAAAGAGUACUGUGUAUUCAUCCAAGCAGCGUACAAAUUAUUUAUAAACCAUGGCUUCAUCAAUUUUAGAUAUCUUUUUCAAUGAAUUGGGAAUGAUAAUUUCAAAAAAAUAAAAAGUGAACUUUUACCUCAUCUUAAUAGAUUUGAUCUAUCCACCUGUGUCCUCACAGGUGGCGCUGUGGGUUAAACCACAGAGCCCAGGACUUGCUGAUCAGAAGGUCGGCAGUUCGAAUCCCCACAACGGGGUGAGCUCCCAUUGCUCGGUCCCUGCUCCUGCCAACCUAGCAGUUCGAAAGCACAUCAAAGUGCAAGUAGAUAAAUAGGUACCGCUCCGGCAGGAAGGUAAACGGCGUUUCUGUGCGCUGCUCUGGUUCGCCAGAAGCAGCUUAGUCAUGCUGGCCACAAGACCCGGAAGCUGUACGCCGGCUCCCUCGGCCAAUAACGCAAGAUGAGCACCGCAACCCCAGAGUCUGCCAUGACUGGACCUAAUGGUCAGGGGUCCCUUUACCUUUACCUAAUAGAUGUGAUGGGAGAUGUAUGAUUAGGAUCUACUCUUUCUUUUUCUUUUUUUUAAAGAAUAAUGGCUACUUGGUCCCUGAAUUGGAUUGGCACUGGCAAAUGAUGCCAAUCUUCUUCCUCACCUGGCCUCCAUGCCAGUUAAUAGCUAGCAGAAGGAAGACCAUGAAGUGAGGGAAGGUUUAAUUGCUUCCUGCAGUCCCUAUCAUGUUAAAGUCUUACUUGGUUCUUAAUAAAUUCCUUGGGUUGUGUUUUUUUAAAAAAUGGAGAUCCUAAUGGAUCACAUGUAUUUGCGUCUUUAAGAAAUGUGAAGAAGGGCAGCAAGACAGAAGGAAUGAUAAAAGUGGCAAGGCUCCAUCCGUUGACCUGUGUUCCUGCCCACUUCACUGUCUCCAUCCAGCUCAGCCACAUUCAAGAUAGGUUUAGCUUCUAGGGGAGUGAAUUCUGUAAUUGGUAGGUCAGCCAUGGAAAGUUCCUCUUUAUGUGCACUUGCCAUUUAGGUCUAAAUGCUUUAUAGGUCAAAUCUAAGUUUCAUGAAUUGUGCCUGGAAGCCAGAGUUUCAGCGUGCCAAUACUGUGUGCUCGCAAUGACCUCUCUGGUUAGAAGGCUCACCACAUUUAUCACUAGCUUCAGCCUUGCUCAAAAUAUAUUUAUAGCCUUGAGUUCAUGAGGGCAUGAAUGACAAUUGCUUGAUAUGAAUUUUGAAAGCUAGAUAGUGUCGGUGAAAAUUGUUCCUGACUUUCAGCACUCUGAAAUCUUGACCGUAGGUUUUGUCAGAUAUUGUGACAGUAAAACACAACAAUUAACCGUACCUGAAACACUUUGGAGAUAUAUAUAUAUUUAAAAAUUUUGUCCAGAAUUUGUUUCUGAUUUUUGCUGUGGUGUCUUUGUUGAUAAUCGGACGUCGCUGCCUUUUAAAAGCACUGAAAUGCACCAAUACACUGAGAAUGGCGAUUAUUUCAGCAAUAUUUGGAUUUGGUAGCACAGAUAUUCACAGUUCUUGUCUUUACAGUUUUAUGAUUGUUUGAAGCUAAAUACGCCGUAUGCCUGUCGCUUGGUUUUUCUUUUUUUCUUUUUUCACUUAGCUUCCUGUUUGUUUGAAAGUUUGCUGGAAACUGUCAGUUAUUUCCUUUUUUGAAGCAACGUGCUUUUGUUAGCAGCCAGGAUGCCUCAGGUGCCACCCCUCCCCAUUUCACCACCAAAGGAAGUGUAGCAUUUGUUUAGAUGUUGGCUUUGUUGUCUGAGGACUUUCACUAAGCUAUACCCUUCCCCAAAGGGCUUUUUUUUAUCCUGUUAUGUGCACUCCCCCCCCCCCCCUUUAUGUCUUGGUUUGCAUGGCCAUUCUGUCUGGAGUUAAUAGGAUUGUGACCAAAUGUUUACAAACAACUCUUGAGCCUACAGCCUUAAAUUGGAGGGUCCUCCAUUUUGUACACAGUUUAUUAUUAGCCUUUUCAGUUCAAAAUCACCCAUUUAUUUUUAUUGGUCGAUUGGUUUUGUGGGCCUCUUUCCAAGGUGUCCAGAAGAAACGGUUCUGAUGUCUGGUUUCAGGUACAGAAAUAAAUCAGGAUUCUUGUUUUCCAAUUGAUUUUGAGAGCUGCUUCACACUGGAUGUCAUCACUAGAUACUGGCAUUAUUAAAUUGCAUGCAUGCAUGGAUAGAUAUCAGUAAAUAGGUGCAGCAUGCAGUAAUUCAUUUGCUUGUUUCUAAAAUUUGUUCCUAUCCUUCAAUAGUCAAGAAGCCUGAGAUUGAACAUCCCCUGACAUUAGCUCAGGCAUAACAGCAACAACAACCCUACCAUUUACUUUGGGGUCCAAAGAUGGAGUGUUACAGUUGCUUAAAUUACAAUAUCAUAGAAUUGUAGAGUUGGAAAGGACCACAUGGGUCAUCUAGUCUAAUCCCAUGCAGUCUAGGAAUCUUUUUGGCCAAUGUGGGGCUCAAACCCACAACCCUGAGAGUAAGAGUCAACCAAGCUUUAUGGAGCUAAAACAGUUGAAAGUGAAUUACUCUCAAGAGUAGGGUGGGUCCUAUGUAUUGAUAUGGUGUCAAAGCCCAGGUAGAGAGCUUGUGGUGGAAAUGGCGUAAUAUUGGUGCCAAGCACACCUCUGUGAGGAGGAGGAAAGUGCACAAUUUCGGGGCUGCCACAGAGAAGGCCCUCUCUUCAAUAGUCUUUUAUGGCGCUGCUGCAUCAUAAGCUAUCAGUUGCUGAUUCACACACAUGUAUUUAUCGAGUUCUAUCUCGGGAAAGGAUAAGCAAAGAUUACACAAAUCUCUAGUAAGCAAUUGUCAAAUGGAGUGAUAUUGGAAUGAAGAUGUUGAGCUGGUUCACACAGCUGGUUUUUACCCAACUGUGGUUUGUCUCAUCAUGCAAACCAUUGACUAUGGUUUGUUGUUGGUCUGUGAACUGUGGCGUGUCCUAAUAUGGCAUGUCGUCAGCAUGGUUUGUUUGCCUGCCCCUCCCCAGGCUUGUGCCAAACUACAGAGCCCGGCUUCAAGAGCAGUAUGGAAACAAAAAUCACGCUCAAGUCUAAGUGACUUUCAAUGGUGCUUUGCCUGAAGAACUUCCUCCUAACUCUGCUUGGCAAGGAACUCCUUCCCCCCCCUCUCUUCUACCUCCCCAUCCUCACAAGAAACAGCUUUGCAUUGCAGGUGCCAUGCUUCCAAGGAGAGGAAAACCUAAAGCAGGCAUAGCUCACUACUUCUUACUAACACCCGUAGAGGAAUAAAUAGCAAAGCAAUGAAGUUUAAUGAACAGGAUAUAAUGAUAUUCCAACUUAACCUUAUUAAAUGGUAGCAACAGUUUAUACGUGCAGUCAUCUGGAAGAAAUAAAAUCAGGCAUUCACAUGGAUAAAACUGAGAAAGUUUUAAAAAUGCGGAACAUGUGCAGUCCUGUAUAUACUUUUAGAUAUGGGGUUGCCAGACCCAUAGUAGAAUUAGAGUGAAAACCUUUCAGCACAGCUGCCUCUCAAUCCUAUCUCACAGGGCUGUUGUGGAGAUUAAAUGAGGAAGAGGAGAACCAUGUAUACCAUGUUUUUGGCAAAAAAAUAGAUGGGAUAUAAAUGAUGGCGAUGAUGAUGAUGAUAUCAUCUUUGGCGAUCACUUUUAGACGAGUAAGAUUGUCUUCCAUAAACACGGUUUUAACAGUGAGUCUGUAAGUGACUGUGGAGGCCAAUUCUGGAUCCACAUGUCCUUCCACAGUGGGGACGUAGGUUUCCGGGUGGGAGUUGAUCAUGGUGAGGAUUUGCCAGAUGUGCCUUCAUCUUAGCCAGUGUGGUGUAGUGGUUAAGAGCGGUAGACUCGUAAUCUGGGGAACCGGGUUCGCUUCCCCGCUCCUCCACGUGCAGCUGCUGGGUGACCUUGGGCCAGUCACACUUCUCUGAAGUGUCUCAGCCCCACUCACCUCACAGAGUGUUUGUUGUGGGGGAGGAAGGGAAAGCAGAAUGUUAGCUGCUUUGAGACUCCUUCGGGUAGUGAUAAAGCGGGAUAUCAAAUCCAAACUCUUCUUCUUCUUAGCACGUUUCUCCCUUUCGUCCUGAGUUUGAGCGUCUUCAAAACCAAUGACACCUUUGGUAAAGGUUGUUCUCCAGUUGGAGUGCUCGCAGGCCUGUGUUUCCCAGGGAGAUAUUAUAUCAUCUCCCUGGCAAAAAAGGAACCAGCAGAUGUGCCAUCAUGAGAGUCCAUGGCUGUCAACAGAUGGCAUCCUAGAGAGUAAGAGCAGAAUUCUGGCCAUCUGAAGAGCACUCAGUGUUCAUUGAUCUCUGAAUCUUGCCACACAUGCAGAGGGACUAGCACAUUGGUCUCACCAAGAUAUAUCAUUUCUGCCUGGCUCAAUAAGGAGAUGUGCCCGUGGAGUUGCCACUGCAGUGCCACCUACUGUUAGAAGAAAAUGAAUGUUUGGAAGAAGGUCACCACUCUCAAGCACUUGGGAGUGGAACCUAGGGUGGUCCUCCAUAUUGUGGUUUUUGGCAUCGGUGUCUCUGACCAAUAUCGGUGGAAUAGACCCAGAUCAGUACCGUGACUACAUCCAGACCAGACUCCAGCUGCCCCAGGAACAUGUGACUCACUAAGGCCUUCCCUACAAAUUGGCUCUCAGGCUGUGAGUAGAGGAAAGAAAUGGUCACUAUAGCUGAUGCUGCUGUUCAGGAAAUGUCUGGUCCUACCGGCUCUACUUCAAGCAAAGAGGCAACACACCCACUGCCAGUGUGUUCCUAUCCCCCCUAAGCCCAACUGAACUUUACUCUCCCAGCAUAACUUCGCACCCAACUCAUGAGAAAAGAGAGUUCUAACAAUUCCCUUCUCACCCUUCCCCCACACUUAUAAGGCAAGAAUCACACACAGCAACAUGAGUUAGUGCUAGAAGAGGUGUCAUUAACCAAUGCACAGAGGACAGCAAGGCUGAGGAACAGGAAGAAGACUGUGAUUGUGUACAGAUCACAAAGAACUUAGCAAAUGUUGCCGCAGACGCAGGAAAUAGGGCGGUCAGAGCUCUUUUUAUGAGCUGGACAAAUGUGAAGCUGAGCACAGAUUUCAGGACAGACAAGUUACAACCUGGUGCAUGUGGCAUGUCAGUACAAGUGUUCGGUGAACAGAUGGACACAGCUACGAGGCAGUCACAUGCAGCUUUUGGGCGGUGCAUCGCCAAGAGAGCUGCCUUGCUACAGAGGCAGAGUCGCAUUUUGGAGUGCCUUGCUGAAGCCAUGAUUGCUCUACUAGUUGCACUCCAUCACCAUAACAGAUCUAUCAGCCAAUGGGAAUAUAUGACACUUGACUAUGCACAAGACCCAUUUCAGCACCUACACAAUCCCCUUCCACUCCCUCAGACUCCCUCAUUUCCUAGUGAUCUUUACGUUGCCAUAUUUCUCCCUGGGAACCAAGGAGCAAAUGGGUGAAAGGGGGAAAUUCCCAGUAAGGUUUGAAAUGAGUAAUUUUUAUUUGACAGUCAAUUCGCUAAAAAAGUUUUGUGUUUACGUACAUCAAGCAGCUUCUAAGAUAGGAGUGAAGUGUGGCAGGUUGUCCUAGUGUGGGAACUGCUACUGCUGUAUGAAGUUUAAAACAUAGACAUUAUUUAAAAUGUUUACUAAUUAAAAUGAAGUUCUUUCGCUUUCUGCACCAAAAAUGAAUUUUUCUUUUUAAAAAAAUUGUAAAACUGGAUUUGCAAUAACUUCAAAAUUUAAAUUAUUGAAAUAUUAAGAAAUUAGUUAUUUGGAAACAGCGUGAUUCUGUCACUCUAAAACUGGGAAUAUGUGUGGGGUUUUGUUGGAUAGCCAACAAUUAAAAAAAUCAGUAAAGUCAUAAGUAAAGGCAGAAAAGUGAAUAAUCUUGCUCUAAAAGCGCACAAAAGUUAUUCAGGCCUUUGUAUUGGCACUAAUUUUCCUAUCCUGAGUCUGGAGAAAGAAGUCUUAAUUGACCAAGGUUAGUUAAUUGUACCAGUUAUAAUUUGCGCUUCAUUCAAAACCAAAGUGAACAUAAUAAAAAUUAAGAGUUCUUCAACUGUUCAAUCAUGCUUUGGCUUUGCAUUUUGCAAAGAGAUAACAGGUCACACAUAUUUCUAUGAACAAAAUAGAGCUUGUGAUGCGUGGUACAUACAGAUAAAUUCUGAAGAGCUACUUUCUGUAGAGAUCUCGAAAGAGAUGCCAUGAUUAAGCCAGAUGUCAGGAUGACUUCGUGACGCUGCUGAACCUUAGGAAAUGUUCUUGCAUAAUGAGGGGAUGAACAGCAAGAUAUGGAUGCUUAAAGCAAACACACCAUCUUUUCCUUCACCUGAGGCAACAAAAUAACCUAAGUCUGACCCUGGCCCUCUGUGUUGCCGGAGUACCAAAUGCUUUUUUGCUUGACAAUUAACACCUAUAGAUCACUAAUGAAAAUGGAAGUGUACAGGUGUGAAAUGUGGUGUAAUCCUCAUUGAAGCUGGGAAGAGUCAGAUUUACAACACACUCAUUUUCUCUGCACAGUCAAGUUUUGUUUUUGUUUUCACUUCAUUUCGCCCUUUGUAGUCUUAUAUUUUUGCUUCCGAUUGUCAACUGGUUGUACCAGUGACGCUCGUAAUGCUUUAUGUGUAUUUAAAGCUUUAGUUCAUAACAGCUAUUUAGAAAAUAAUCUUGCGUGCCCAUGUGCACCCUCCAUUCUGCUGCCAUUUUUCAGCAGCUAAAAUUGGCUUAAUUUUUCUGAGAAUAAUGAUACCGACUCAGUUAACAUGCAGGUGGCAUAUGCCGAACAAAAACUAUAUACAUACUAUAUAUUCAUCAGAUUCCUACAUUUGUUAUCUUUUAGCUGCAACCUAAAAGUUUAUUUGCCCUGACCUUUGGCAGCAUCUGAUUGGAGUUAAUUUCUUUGUUUCACUUACUUGGUGUUCAGCUGUUAGAUCUGCUGUUGUUUUAUGCUUCUAUUCACUGGUUCUUAUUUUGUUGUAAUGGAUUUGUUGUGGGCUGCCUUGGAGACUUAUAUUUGGUGGAAAUGUGGAAUAUAACACUUUGAAAUUCCCUUCAUAUUUACCCAGAAAUAAAUUCCUGCUGAGUUCAGCAAGCCUCGGUUCCUAGUAGGGAUGCUCUGGAACUUUUGUCCCUUCAUAAUUUUUUUUUUUAAAUGCCUGCUCCAAAGGUCUUAUCUUACUACACUAGGGAUUAUAUAGCUAUAUCUGAAAUUUCAUGCAUAUCAGUUAAUAUCUUGACCCUCCUCCACUGAAUUGAAAUUGUAAACCAGUGACAGCCAUCACAGUCAAUCAUAGCCUUAAGGAUCUUUAAUUGUAAAGUUUGUUAUCUAUCCAUCUGUCUAUCAUCCAACAGCAAACUUUAUCCCAAAACACCAUCUGCUCUAGACUUUGGGGGGGGGGGGCAGCAUUAAAUGUUGUGUUGUAGCUGCUAUGUGAACGAUGGAAGGUGAGGCGAGAAUCUGCUUUUAGAUCAAUGAAGUUGUGAUAUGACAUUAAACCAGCCUGAUUUACAAAAAUAGCAACAUGUUAAAUCUGGGACUUCUCUUCUGCCUGUUCCAGCUUUUGUUUCUUGUGUGUCCCUGUGCCCCCUACAACCAGAUGCAGUAAAAGCCCUGCAGAAAAUAAUAAAGAGAUGAUUAAGCAUGCCAGUCUCUCGAUCGCUCUGUAUGGUAGUUAAUGAUGACAUUUUUGGAAGUUAUGGUUGCCUGAUAUAAAACACGCAAUUCUAUUUAUGGAGUGUAGCAUGAUAAACUGUCAAAUACUGAAUACCAUAUGCAAACAGCUUUUUGAAGAAUUUCUAAGCGACUUUCCCCUGACUGAGGUUACAUAAGCUAAUUCUCUCUUUCCACAUCUAAGCUCAGAAUAGUGGUCUGGCUAUUGCGACUGCUCUCCCUCACGCACCACAAGUUCUCUUUCCAUUUUAAUUUUUGUUUGUUUAAAGUAGCAUAAUAAAGUAAGCCUAAUAAUUCAAGCAAAGGACAGAUCGUGAAGCUGAGGCUCCAAUACUUUGGCCACCUCAUGAGAAGAGAAGACUCCCUGGAAAAGACCCUGAUGUUGGGAAAGAUGGAGGGCACAAGGAGAAGGGGACGACAGAGGAUGAGAUGGUUGGACAGUGUUCUUGAAGCUACCAGUAUGAGUUUGACCAAACUGCGGGAGGCAGUGGAAGACAGAAGUGCCCGGCGUGCUCUGGUCCAUGGGGUUACGAAGAGUCGGACACGACUAAACGACUAAACAACAACAACAACAACAACAAAUAAUUCAAGCAAACCUAGGACAUGGGGAGAGUAUAGAAUGAAGGAGUGGUUGCUGGAAGAUAUGUCUAUUUCAGGAGGAGAAGAGAGAGAAAAUUUCUUCUGCAGCAGAGAAAUAUUGGGCCAUUUGGCUUCUCUGUCUAUGGAACCCAGGCUACUUCCUAAUUUUGGGCAUGAUAAACAAGAUUUGCUACCACAUGCAGAGCACCACUUCUUGAAAUGGGAGCUAAACUUGGUAAUCCCAGUUCCUUAGUGGGAGUGAUUUUGCUUCCUCUCCCCCUUCAAAAAAGAGUCCUGUCAAUUGCAGCCUGUUUCAAUUAGGUUUCAUGGGACAAAACAAGCUGUGGAGAAUUCAGCCGGAUCCUGUCUGUGUAUUAUUUGCCCUUCACUCCCUGCAGAGUUCAAGAUGUCACUGAAGGUGGUUUUUUUAAGGAUAACAAUUGGACAUACUUACCUAUUCCAUUGACAUCUUGUGCCUUUAAAGGGAUUAAAUGCCCUUUGAGUCAUUCCCUACUUUCCCCUGUAAAAGCAUUAACCAGAGACAAAAAGACGACUCCUGAUAUCAACUGUUAAAAAUAGGACACAAUAGGUGAUGUGUUCUGCUUCUUAUCGUUCAAAUUAUGACCAUUUCUAUUGUCAACCAAAUAGCAGUGACAUUUACUUUUCCAAAUGGCAUAGAAAAGCUGUUCUGUCCAGUAACUUCUGUCUAUGUCUUUAGGAAACCUAGAGCAUAAUUGUGUCCAUGUUUACUCAGAAGUAUACCAGUGGUAAGGGUGGGUAGGACUGUAGACUUAGUGUUGCAAGUAAGUGACCUUUAUGAAUGCCUGGUUUAUACAUGUGUCUAACAAGGGAGCAAAACAGAAACUGCCAAUUUCACAACUGUUCCAUUAAGUAGUUGAUGUUUUGCCACAAAAGCUGUGUGAGCCAACUGGCCCAUUUUUUUUCUGAGGGGAGGGAGGAAUUAUGUUGUCGUUUAGCCAUGUCCGGCUCUUCGUGACCCCAUGGACCAGAGCACGCCAGGCACUCCUGUCUUCCACUGCCUCCCGCAGUUUGGUCAAACUCAUGCUGGUAGCUUCAAGAACACUGACCAACCAUCUCGUCCACUGUCGUCCCCUUCUCUUUGUGCCUUCAAUCUUUCCCAACAUCAGGGUCUUUUCCAGGGAGUCUUCUCUUCUCAUGAGAUGGCCCAAAGUAUUCGUGCCUCAGCUUCACGAUCUGUCCUUCCAGUGAGCACUCAGGGCUGAUUUCCUUAAGAAUGGAUAGGUUUGAUCUUCUUGCAGUCCAUGGGACUCUCAAGAGUCUCCUCCAGCACCAUAAUUCAAAAGCAUCAAUUCUUUGGCGAUCAGCCUUCUUUAUGGUCCAGCUCUCACUUCCAUACAUCGGAGGAAUUAUACUCCUGAGAAGUAGAAUCACUCUGGUUAAAAUAUUGUCAGCAUAUAACACUUUAUUUGCUACCCCAAAGAUGGGAAAUACCUUAGCAAGAGAUAUGCAAAAACCAUCCAUGCACUUUUCAGCUGCAGGCAUGCACUUUUUUCUGGAUACAAUUGCAUUUGCAGAAUUGGAGGCUUUGAACAUUUCUAAAGCAGGGCUUGCAGUUCAGCUGCACGUUACACGUUGCUUCGUGGAAUAUGGAGUUUAUAUUUGUCUUUAGUCCUGUCAGGAUUGCGAAAGUGCCGCCAACUGCGGGGGGGACCCCAUCACCCAAACUUAGUUUUAAAAGAAAUCUGUGGAGAAAAGGGAAGGUGAAACUUGAGUGGAGUUACUAAGAAUUAAAUAUAGGGCUUUGUUUCUGCGGAAAAUAGCAUUUCGUGUUUGGAGCCAGCCUUGCCAAUUACUGAAAUGUGUCCCCCUCCCCGAACAGCUUUCUGCCUUAAAACAGUUCCCCACCCCUUCCCCUAAUGGCUGGACAAUGCUGGGAAAGGGAUGAGGGAGUGUGGUCCAGCUGUGGCUUUUGAUACCAUACCAUCUAGUGAUUAUAAGUUUCUGAAUUGGCUCUGUGAUUUGGAAGUUUGGGGCAUGGUGAUAUAGUUGUUCCGUUCUUAACUUGCAGGGCUGUUUCCAGUAGGGAUUUUUUGCUUCAUUCCCUGCUUGACGCUUCUGCUGUGGGGUACCCUCAACUUGUCAUUUGUACUUUCAGAGAUGUGGGGGUUUGGCUGACAUCAGAAUUAGGUGAAGUGCUGGAAGUCUGGACUUUGUAAAAAACAAAACAAAACUGGAUGAUGGUCAGUAAUGGGAAACUCAGGUCUAACAACGUGGAGUUUCUGUGGGUAAACAGUUCACAGAUUCAGAGAGAUGGUACAGUGGUACCUCGCAAGAUGAAUGCCUCGCAAGACAAAAAACUCGCUAGACGAAAGGGUUUUUUGUUUUUUGAGCUGCUUCACAAGACGAUUUUCCCUAUGGGCUUGCUUCGCAAGACGGAAACGUCUUGCAAGUUUGUUUCCUUUUUUCUUAACACCUUUAAUACAGUUGCGACUUGACUUCGAGGAGCAACUCAUAGAACGCGGUGUGGUAGCCUUUUUUGAGGUUUUUAAAGACUUUGGUGAUUUUUGAAGCUUUCCCAAAACUUUCCCGACACCGUGCUUCGCAAGAUGAAAAAAAUCGCAAGACGACAAAACUCGCGGAACGAAUUAAUUUCGUCUUGCGAGGCGCCACUGUAUUCCAUCUGUUUGUGAUGGCUGUGCACUUCUCAUGGACCAAGUUUGCAAAUUGGGGUGUUCCUUGAGCCGGUUUUGUUGCUGGGUGCCCAAGUAUAAAGUACCUUUUACUGAUUUCCUUUCAGCUGUUUCUUUUUGGAAUUUUACGUAUUGAAUUGCAUUUGGGGAAAGUCUAUUCCUAAUCACCAUAUUCGGCAAAUAACUUUUGCAAUUAACUGACAGUACCGACUUGUAUGACCCAAAACUAUGACUCAAUAAUAAAACACCUGGCCAGCCUUUCUCCUAUAUAACAGAUAGGCUAACAGAAGAGCCACUGCUUUCAGCAUUUCUGUUCCUUCAUCCAGAGAAUACCAAGAGUUUAAAUUGCUGAAAUGAAGUAACUAAUCAGCAGAGCCUGUGAAUGCGCAAAAACAUGUGAAGGCUUGGUAUAAACCUGCUUUCGUUGCAAAUCGAGUGUUGCAAACUAUAAUUAGAAAAUGGCAGAAGUCUGCAGAAACAGGUAUCUUUAUCUUCUGCCAAAAUAUAUGGAAUGAACAGUACAGAUUUCUUCAUAGCGCUGAAUGUUGCCAGCUAUGUCAGUGCUGCUGAGAUUUGUUUGUUUGUUUGUUUUGGGGGGUAAUUGAUCAGGAGGCACUGACUCUCGACCAGUGUUAGAAACUCCGAUAUAUAAGCUGGGUGCCAAAUGGCUCCUUAAACCAGGGUUACGGUCGCCAAAACUGAAUGUCUAGCUGCCAUUUGGGGACCAGACGGCUCAAAAGUCCUAUUUUUCAGUACAACUUUUUGGUUCCUGAAAUUCGUUCUGAUUGGGCAGAUAAAAUACCAUGGAUAGAAUUCUACUGGAUGUGUUGCUAGUGUGUGAAAACAGUCAAGAUCCAAGGAUCCCCAGGCAUGUCUCUCCAGAUGGUGGAGAUGUCAGGCACAUCAUGGCGCCCGGGCACCUUCACUUGGUUACAAGUGGCUGAUAGCCAGGUGCAAAAUGCACCUGGCAAAUUUUGAAUGCUGCUCCAGACAGCAACCCAUUUCAGAUAUUAUGACUCCUGAAUGCCAAAUUCUGAACCAAUAUUGUAAUGUAUUUGAAACUUUACUCGUAAGAAGAUUCAGAACUAACAAACGUAAUUUGUUAUAAGCCUUCAUGAAUUCUUAUUGACUGCAUCUGCUCCCAGUUCAGUUAAAUGUUGGCCUUUUAUUUGUAAUACAGAAGCAAACAUGGCCAUGGGCUGCAUUCCCUUCCAUGACAGUGUGUGGUCCCAUCAGAGCUGACCAGAAUCCCACCAUGGUCCUUGCAGUAUGCUAGGCCUCUGGUUCUUAACUCUUGCUCUGCUUGUCAUAACGUUGAGCAUUUUGCUAGUAUUGCAUAAAUCUUUACAAGCAGUGAGUUUCCUUCCUUCUCUUCCAUGUUGAAAAGUUUAAAAAGUAGUCCUCACAGUGGUCAAAUGUUUGCAGAUGUUGAGGCAUUUAAUAGAAGGUAGGUUGCAAUCUUCAAUUCAAGCAUUAUUUCACUAUUGAAUUGUUAGUUACUGGAACAUAUCAAGUGCCUUGUUUUGUGGAAAUUGGUUCAUGGGUUUUUGUUGUUGGUUUAGGGCUGGUUCCUGAUGUUAAUUGCACUCUCUCACUGUUGUUAGAAGGGACUUGUUAUAAAUAUUUGGAAAUCUUAAUUGCUAGAAGUGUACAUUGAAGUGGAAAAUGGCUUAGUCACUGCCAUUGAAUGCGGAAAUAAUGAGGUCAUUAACCUGAGAUAUGUACUUUGUCCAAUUACUACCCAUUCUCUUGAUAGUAAUAUCUCUCCAGUUACCAUCUCUGGUUCCUUUUAAUAGUUCUGUGUAUGUUGAUACACAAGACAUUGUUCAGUGGCAGUCGGGAAGUUUUCAUCAUAGAUCAGACCGUGGCCAGCUUCUACUGCAGACUGAAGUACUGUUUUCCUGCAAUUGUAUCACACACCACAAUAGCUUGGUUUCUUUGCUGUCACUUUGCCAGCUUGCAUGGCCACUGACUUUUAGGCUAGAGGGAAGUCUUUAGUUACAGUUCUUUAGAUAAGCACACAGAAAGAUGCGAAAGCUGUGGAACGUAUCGGGAGGAAUCACUGACAUUUUCCUCAUUUAGUUAAUGUGACACUUGAAGCUCCGUAGAUUAAUUUGACAAGCAUCCUUGUGUGUCGUUCCCACCCACCCCAUUCCUCCUGCUGCAGUUUCAACUUGGGUUUGGUACAGCAGAUUUUUGUUUAUGCCAUUUAGGUGAAUAAUCUGCCAGAAUGCAUCAGGUAUGUUCAGCUACCCCUAGACAGGCGUUUAACUUGAACUAUUUUCGGUGUGUAAUUAAGCAGUGAUGUAGUCAACCCAAAAUGGCAUGUGCGAGAGACAACUGUUUAGAAUAGGAUUUAUUUUUAAAAUACCUUGUGUUUUUGUCUGUUCGUAUCAGAAUUAUUUCCUUUAUGUUAGCCAAAGCACUUUAACUAGAUCCUGUAUCAAACUGAAAGCCUGGGGAGGGGUCGGAUUCUUUCCCACUCUAGUUGUAGUCCAAAUAUAUGUGUAAGAUUAUGGCUGGAUGGUUUUUUUCUAUGUGUUGUCCUUGUUUUUCCACAGUUGAAAUCCCAAACAGCGCUUGAAUUCUGCUUGUCCCAGAUAAACUGAGCCUGCAACCUAAUUGAAAUUCCAUAAUGAAAUUCACUACCUUCAGAGGUUUACAAGCAAAAUAACGUGUGUGUGUGUGUGUGUGUACAGGGAGCAUUAAAGAAUAGUUCCUGUGUUAGAUCUUUAUCACAGUAACAUUUGAAUUUAAUAUUAUUGUUUGAGCUGGUGAAAAUUGUAUUACUCCUUAUGCUGCUAGCUGUUUAAUAAAUACCUUGGUACUCUGAAAGUGUUGUGCUUCAAAACAAUGGACUCCUGUGGGUUUUAUUUUAUUUUAAGUAAUUGUGAGCUCCUUUGGCUGCUGCAGAUCAGACACAACUAAAAGCAGAAUAGGAGAUUAUUAGGUGCACAGUACCUUUAAAAUCUGAAACGCUGUGACAUUGAAUAUCCUGUGUUGACUCCUAUCCAGAACCAUACCUAGUGAAUUGUCCUACUGCUGUACUCUGCAACUGAGAUCUCAGUUUGGCUGCACAUUAGCAAGUUGCACGAAUUUACUGCAUGUCACAAUGUAGGUCAUGUACAUAUUUUAGUAUGUUUACCAAUAAAACGUGCACAAAUAAUUUCGUAUAUGUAUUGCGCACGAUCACACCAUUUCUUGGUUUAAAUGGUUUUUAUUCUAUGAAAUUGCAGUGGAAUCGGUUUGAAUGUUAAUGGGAGCCACGCAGAACCUUUUAGACAACCAACUUUUGGUACCUUGUUUCAACUUCUUUCUCUGCAACUAAAAUAGAUUGAAAAUCGGUUGGUUGCAUUUUUAAAGAAUUGUUAAUCCCACAAUGCAAUACUAACUGGUUAUAAAAAGAGUAAUUUCCUUUUCUAUGCUGCCAACAGUUCUGUGUGUAUUCAUUCUCUAGUGACUUCGGAAAAAAAUGCACUGAAAGGGCACAUCAAAGCUUCAUUUAGUAGCUACCCUUCUGAGAAGAAAAGAAGCUUCUUAAAAAGUUACUUUUUCCCCCUCUGGCAGUUUUCUGGCAUCAUAGAACAAUUCCUCUAUGUCUUCAUUAUUUUGUUGACACAUCUAGGACUCGACUACAUUGGCAAAGAAAAAACAUUUUAUGUGCGUUAUUUAUGCAUUCUAACACGGUGACACCAGAGGGCACUGUGGAGUUCUGUUUUUGCCAACCUGAUUUCUCAUGCAAAGUUUGCAAUGUGUUUAACCAUGUUUUGUUUAAUGCUUUUUAGAAACUUUUAUUUUAUUUUUUUAACAGGUUUGGGGAAAACAAAGCGGAAGACAAGUGCCAGAGACGCCUCACCGACCCCUAGUACUGAUGCAGAGUACCCAUCUAACGGUAGCAACGCCGAUCGGAUUUAUGAUCUGAACAUCCCAGCGUACGUUAAAUUUGCCUAUGUGGCAGAAAGGGAAGAUGAACUCUCUCUUGUGAAAGGAUCCCGAGUCAUUGUUAUGGAAAAGUGCAGCGAUGGCUGGUGGAGAGGGAGUUACAACGGACAAAUUGGAUGGUUUCCUUCAAACUACGUGGUAGAAGAAGUCGAGGAAGCGACUGCCGAUUCGCCAAGUUUUCUCAGCUUGAGGAAGGGGGCCUCCAUGAGCAAUGGCCAAGCCAUGAAAGUACUUCACGUUGUUCAGACAUUGUACCCGUUCAGUUCUGUUACAGAAGAAGAGCUCAACUUCGAGAAAGGCGAAACCAUGGAAGUGAUAGAGAAACCUGAGAAUGACCCGGAAUGGUGGAAAUGUAAAAAUUCCCGAGGGCAAAUUGGCCUCGUUCCGAAAAACUAUGUAGUAAUCUUAAGUGAUGGCCCUACAAGUAACAGUUCCCACCCGCCUCCGAUAAGCUACACAGGGCCCUCUACUACGGGACGGUUUGCAGGAAGAGAAUGGUAUUAUGGGAAUGUUACUCGGCAUCAGGCAGAAUGUGCUCUAAACGAACGGGGAGCGGAAGGGGACUUCCUUGUCAGAGACAGCGAAUCUUCGGUAAGUGGCACCCAUUUCAGAAUCUGAAAUUUUGCGAAGUACUGUAUUUCAAUUUUGCAAUGUAUCGUGCAAUGUAUAUAUAUGUGUGUGUGUGUGUGUGUGUGUGUGUAUGUGAGAGAGAGAGAGAGAGAGAGAGAGAGUACAGAAAGUGACUAUUUCUCUUACGCUAAAGAAAGUGACCUACAUCUCAAAAUACCUUAUAUUGGUUAAAACUAAUAUAUAAAUAUAUUUGUUAUAUGCACAGGCACAGAAAAACAGAGGAAACCAAUCUAGUAUAUAAUGUGCAGUACAUCUUAAACGAGAAAUGCAAAUAGAAUUUUCAGGGUCAUUUCAUACUUUACAAAAAUUUGAAUGCAGGUAGAGGUUCUGUUAAAAGCUUUUACGGUGACUUUUCGGAGUCUACAAAUUAUUUCGCAAAACAAGUUCUUAACUAUGCCGAUACACCUGAGGUCAUAACAAAAUAUUUGUGUGAAAAUUUUAAUUGAGUUGGAUUGUUAAUACAAUUUUCUUGGUUUUGUUUUGUUUCCACUAGAAUUAUUUCCUUAAUACAAAUGAAAUUCCAAUAUUGCUGUGUGUUCUACAUGCGAGCAGACUGUGUAAAAGUUCUCUCAGUUAAGUUCUCCUCUGCUUCUGGCUUCUUCAUCGAAGUAACUUUGAAAGCUUCUAAGACAGAGGCCAGCAACCUUAUCAGAGGAUGGGCCGGCCGAUGCUCGUCCGUCCAAGGAUGGGCCGGAGUGUGGGCGCACGCACGCUCAUCUGAGUCGGAGGAGCACGUGUGCACACACACUAUUUCCUGCGCUCCGACCCAGAGGUAUGCCAGAAAUAGCGUGUGUGCAUUCGCACGAGCGCUUCUGCGUCCUGCAUGUGUGUGCACACACUAUUUCCAGCGCACAUCUGGGUCGGAGGAGCGCCUGUGCGAAUGCGCACAGGCACCAUCUACCCGGAAGUCGCUCCCCGCACCGGUAAGAGCAGGGGGCAGCAGGGGUCACCAUGGGCCAGUUAGACAAACCUCGUGGGCCGCGACUAGCCCAUGGGCCUUAAGUUGCUGACUCCUGAUCUAAGAGAACAGCCAUGUUUGGUCUCUUGCAGCAAAGAGUAGAAUUAUGAUCUUAGGCAUAUUUGGGAGUAAUCUUCCUGAAGUCUACACAUAGCUAAGGAGUCCUGUGGCACCUUUCAAAACGGACUACAGUGGUACCUCGGGUUACAUACACUUCUGGUUACAUACUCUUCAGGUUACAGACUCCGCUAAUCCAGAAAUAUUACCUCAGGUUAAGAACUUUGCUUCAGGAUGAGAACAGAAAUCGUGCUCCAGCGGCACGGCAGCAGCAGGAGGCCCCAUUAGCUAAAGUGGUGCUUCAGGUUAAGAACAGUUUCAGGUUAAGAACGGACCUCCGGAACGAAUUAAGUACUUAACCAGAGGUACCACUGUAAUUUAUUGCAGCAACAGCUGUCAUUGGAUGCAGCUGAAUAACCUUCAGCUCUUUUUCAGAUGGGCUUUUUAUUCUCGCCACUUCCUGUGGGUUUCACACAGGCUUUCCCCAGCUACCACUUCGAGAUGGACUGGAUCUCAAAUAACAAUGAAUGAAAAAGCCAGUAUGUUUGGGUGGAUUACAAAUCUGUACACGUCCCCCGCUUAUUUCAGAAGCUAUUUUAAUACGGUUUCUUAAUUUGUUCUAGCCACCUUAUAUCACACUCGAGAAUUUUGUUUGUAUAUUAUAAACAGAAGAUAUUCUCUCAUGUGUCAAGCCGGAUUACUGAAUUUCCUGUAUCAUUUAUCAUGUGUGUCUCCUCGGCUGCUGGCUUUGGCAGCAGUUGGUGGUUUUAAUAACCAUUCUCUAGCAACCUUGCAAUUAGCUCUUUGCCCAGGGCAGCUAACUAUUUCUGUAGGCAACUAGUUUGCCAGACCCGCUGCACAAGCUGCCCUAUGUAUGAGCCAGCUGGUCAUAUUUUUUCAGUAGUUGUGUACAAGACAGCUCAAUCUGAUUCUUCUUCCCUGCAUAUCUUUUUGCUUUGGGUUUUUUGCACUAGCAGAGUUACUAAAAUAGUCAACGGCCUAGUUUUACUGCUUUUCCCAUCAUGAGACUUUGUGUGUUCUGUUUUCUGAAGUCAUCUUAAGGGGAUAGCCGUGCUUGACUGGUCAGGGGAUGAAACUGAGUCCAGCCGCAGUAGAAGCAAUCAAGGGGGAAGAAUUGCCAGGCUUCUAUUCCACAGCAAGAGAAUGGAGCAUAUAAACAAGAGAUCUUAUUUUGACCCUUUCAGCCUCCCAGGGGCAACAGAUGUGCUUUGUACCAGCCUAAGAUUGCUUCCUGGGAAAGCAGGGUGGGACAGCCCCGUUCUCUACAUUUUGCAUUCCCCUAUCCAGGGUGAAUAAUUAUACUUAGCUUUUUAACUGCUUGUUUUAAAACAAGUAAGGUGAAAUAACAUAGUAUACAAUGCCAAUAAAAAGGAUACGAUAUAAAGGAGUAAGAAUAAAUGUGUGAGGAUGUACGUUGGCCUGAAAUUUACAAAUUCCAAGGCAAAAAUCAAAUAUAUUUUCAACAUUGGUAUCUGAAGUUAUACUUUUAGCUUCCUAUGAAAGGGAUGGCAGCAGGUAGAUAAGGAAGGAGCUAGAUCUUAUGCUUGACAUGAAGUAGGACCUCAAGAUACUGAGGCUCCCCAGAACCUUCUAGGGCAGUUGGAAAAACAAGGAAAAAUGUAAAGGUAAAGGGACCCCUGACCAUUAGGUCCAGUCGUGACCGACUCUGGGGUUGCGGCGCUCAUCUCGCUUUAUUGGCCGAGGGAGCCAGCGUACAGCUUCUGGGUCAUGUGGCCAGCAUGACUAAGCCGCUUCUGGUGAACCAGAGCAGUGCAUGGAAACUCCGUUUACCUUCCCGCCGGAGCGGUAUCUUUUUAUCUACUUGCACUUUGACGUGCUUUCGGACUGCUAGGUUGGCAGGAGCUGGGACCAAGCAACAGGAUCUCACCCUAUUGAGGGGAUUCAAACCGCCGACCUUCUGAUCGGCAAGUCCUAGGCUCUGUGGUUUAACCCACAGCGCCACCUGCGUCCCCUAAGGAAAAAUCUAGCCUUGUGCUAAUUGCUUCUCACUCAUACAUGUUCCUCACCUAUAAAAUAUGAGAUUAAUUAACCAGCUGUUUGUGCAGCACUGCUGCAAACCUUUUAGAAUUUUGCUCUAGCAUCCCUCGUCAGAUGUAAAGUAAAAUUUGUAGUUGACUACGCAGGUUAUCCCAUUUUGUGAUUCAGGGAGCAGUUCAUUUUGCCCCUGAGGCAGGAUUUUCCUUAUGGUCAAGCUAGUGUUCCUCUAGCUACUGGGCUACUACUAAAAUGAGGCUGCAUUUUAAGCCAUAUUUUAAUUAACUGUUUUUCCCCCCAUUACUUUUUAUUGUAAUUUAUAUUUGGUGUUAGCCAUCCUGAGCCCGGCCCUGGCUGGGGAGGGCGGGGUAUAAAUAAAAUUAUUCUUAUUCUUAUUAUUAUUGACCUUGCGGGCUGGUAAACUCCAUAGAUGAUUCCAUGUGCAAAUUAAAGUAAUAGAUUAACUUAAAUAUUUUAAAACAAUGUAAUAAAUGUUUAAGUAAAAUAAAUAUUAUAAAUAAUUUUUAAAUGCACAUUUUACUGCAUGUAACAACACAAGCACAGCAUUUGUGUGAGAGAGAACAACAAUUGCCGUUUUGUUAUUAAAUCCCUCCAAAAGUAUUAUGCAACGUAUAAUAUUUGCAGCUUUUUGUGUUCAGCACACUUUAAUGUACAUCCUCUUAUUGGUCCUUACAACCUUGUUGUAAGGCGAAUUUUUAUUGCCACCCCUUCUUUCAGAUGAGGAGAACAAGACAGCAGUAGAUGGCGAGUUCAUGGCUAAGAUGACAUUUAAGUUGCCAUUCUCUGUUCAUACAUAGCUCCAGGCUCUAUGCCAUUCUUGAUAAACUAUUAAUUAAUGGAAUUAAAUAAAUAAUAUAAUUAAAAUGCUGCCUUUUGUGAGCUUGGGUUUAGAAUGUGAGGUGGGGGAGUUGAACCCUGGAAUAUGGAGGUGUCUACAGUCCUUCACUUCUUCUUGGAGUCCCUGCCAGCAGCUCAAGAUCUGUGGAGGUGUUAGGAGACCUUAAACAUUUGUGUGUAUGCUCUAACUCUGCCUCCUCUCCCCCUCCCCUCGCCAUGGCCUUUCAAAAGAUAGUUGUAUGAAGUGGUGAGCAUUUUCUAUCCAUUGAUGCUCACCAUAUCUUAGGUCUCUGCCUCAUGCGUCUCUUCUGCCCCCGUCCAUGCAUUUGCAAUCCCCCAAGAAUAAUCCCUCCAUAGGCCUUUAGUUACGAGGCAAAUUAACCUUCCCACUGACUUUCAGAAAGGGCAGGAAACCAGCUGUGGCUCCAAGUUCCCAAAUUUGCUUUUCAGGCAACAGGGCUACCUAUGAAUUCUCAGUUCUCUCUGCUGACUAAGAAUGUCACCAGCGUGUUCCAAAUGCGGAAUGACCAAGUUCAGAACCCGCUCUUACGAAUUAGAUGCACAUUGCACAACCAUCGUGAUGGACAGCUAUCAAGAGGAACUUCCUUGAAAGUGGCUUGUUGUGUGGGGAAUUAGUCUAAGAAUUAGUCUAAGUACAAAGGCAAAUUCAAUGUUCUUUUCUGUACGAAGUCGGGCCAUGGUAUACUCUGGUAACUCAAGAAUUGUCCACUGCUCAAAAACGGAACAGAGAGCUCUAGCUGCUCCCUUCGUUAAAAUAAUAUGGAGGGGAAAGAUUUAUUCUACAUCUUAGAACCACAUACACUGGAAGGAUCUACAGUAAAGCCUCAUACCACAGAUGAGGGGAAUUAAAUGUUCAUAGAUAUAGGUUAAAUACAUUUUGACUGAGUGGAUUGGACUACAGUAUGCAAUUUUCAGUGUUUUGAUUCUUCCAGAAGUGACUUAGUGCAUUACUUUGUCUACAAAAUGAGGAAAUGAUUGAGGCUUUUGCUGAGAAGAGCUGUAAAGAUCAUGGUUAUGUGAGAAAGCAGACAGCAGAAUCGUGGGCUGGCAUGAAAUUUUCUGUUUUACCUUAGUCUACAAGAAAUAGCGGGAAGGGGUGCAAAAUAGGGCACACAUUCUGCAAAAUCAUAAUGUGACUGGCAUUACCUUUUUUCUAUGAAAAAGUGAGUGUAAAAAAGUGAAUGCAGAAAAUGUAGGCACGUAAGUAACCUUUUGCGCCAUAAAGGUAAAGGGACCCCUGACCAUUAGGUCCAGUCGUGGCAGACUCUGGGGUUGUGACGCUCAUCUCGCUUUAUUGGCCGAGGGCGCCAGCGUACAGCUUCUGGGUCAUGUGGCCAGCAUGACUAAGCCACUUCUGGCGAACCAGAGCAGCGCACGGAAACGCUGUUUACCUUUCCACCGGAGCGGUACCUAUUUAUCUACUUGCACUUUGAUGUGCUUUCGAACUGCUAGGUUGGCAGCAGCUGGGACCGAGCAGCGGGAGCUCACCCCAUCGCAGGGAUUCGAAUCGCCGACCUUCUGAUUGGCAAGCCCUAGGCUCUGUGGUUUAAACCACAGCGCCACCCGCGUGCCUUUUGCGCCAUACGAUUUAAAAUAUUCAAGCACUUUCCAACAAUUUUAUUAUCAAGCAACUUCCUUUUACAGUAGCAGGUGGUGGGUUUUCAUUGUGUUUUAGUUAAUCCUUGUACAAUAUCAUCAUGCAUAUUUGUUUAGGUUAUUAUGCCAGUGUGGAUGUUGCAGGUCGGCUCUUCAUUAUAGUGCAGGCAAAGUCUUCUAGGUGCUGCUUAGAAGCAUUGACCCCUAGCAAAUAACCAGUUCAGAUGUGCCCUUAAAAGUGCCUGUGAGCUACUCUACAACUCCAGAAGCCCAAGCAUGGGAAAGAUUGCGUGCGAGCCAUCCGACUGUAGCAGCUAUGUCCAGUGGGAAAAGGAGCAGAAAUAUCUGCCAAGAGCUGAAACGAAAAAGGCAAACAGACACAAAAUAUAAAAAUAAACACUCUUGGAACAAGUUCAAGGCAGACAGCAGGGAAUAGUUUUAGGCUGCAUUUUAACUUCAGUGCAGUAUAUAGGAUGACAGUGCUAAGAUGCAAAAAAAAAAAAAAAAGAGGUUUUAGACUUUAAUGGAACUAUUUGAAUUGUAGGGGAAAACAGUAAUAAACAAGCUGAAUUACUUUUACAUUUUCUUCAAGUUUCCUGUGUUACCUAAAAUAUGAGCCCGUGGUGGGGAGGAGGAGAGCAGGAGCCUGACAUUUUUGCAGCAGCUGUUCAAGUUCUUCAGAUUCCCCUAUUUGACUGUGCUUCUCUCUCGAAAGAACUAAAGUGCCUUUUUGCUGCUUUUUUUAAAAAAAUGCGUAAGGACCCCAAAAGGAUCUCAUUUUUGUAGCCUGAUGGAAGAAAAGUGACACGUACUUGUAUUUUAUAUGUAAAUUUAGGUAGUAAAUCUUGGAUCUGGGAAGACGAUCAUUGCUUUAAUGUCAGUCCUUGAGUAGGAACUCAUUUCAAGUGACAGAAAAGCCCUAUUACGUUUUCCCUGUCUGCCUUGUUAAUAAUUAGGCUGGGGGAGUUGCACAUCUCCUGUUCAAGGUAUUCUUUCUCUCUCUCUCUCCCUUCCCACCCUCUUUCCCAGACAAUUAUCUGCUGCCACCAUAGAAAGCAGCCACAGCACAGUGCUGAUGUUGUUGCCCUAAUACCGUGGGAAAUACAGUGCAAUCGUGGUGCAGGUGUCUCUGGCUUGCAGUCUUGUUUCCUUACAGCUCUGCCUAUAAUUACUUUUACUUUAAAUGGCUGCUCUAAGGCUUUCCAACUGCCACAGUCUUCGGGAGAGCACUAAGGCAGUUCAUACCCAGUCAGCUCUCGAAGGGAGGACCGGGGGAAGCUGUGCUUUUGCCCUACUAUUCAUCUGUCAGAUUCCUAUUUUGACAAAUGACACAUAACUUACAUUUUUGUUGUCACAUAAAUAUAAUAUAAAAAUUAGGUUCCAGUAGCCAGUGAUGUCGUUUCUCGUACUUAAGUUAUGAUUUCCAUAAAUUAAUCCCUUGUAAUUUCAGUGAUAUGUUUUUUUUCUAAUAGAAUUUGUUGCUGGAAAAUGACAGAGAUUGUUAAGCCGUUUUAGUUAUUUAAAUAGAAAAGCCUAGAAAUUUUCUUGAUUCUUCUGAGACAUUUGCUUCCUAUCUCAUUUUCAUAUUUUGAAACACACACACACCACCUUGGAUUACACCAGUAGGGUAACACAGUCGUACCUUGGUUUUUGAACAGCUUAGUUCUUGAACAUUUUCGUUCCCAAGCGCCGCAAACCCAGAAGUGACUGUUCCAGUUUGCGAACUAUUUUUGGAAGCCGAACAUCCGACUGGCUGCAGGAGUUUCCUGCAGCCAAUCAGAAGCCGCACUUUGGUUUCCAAACAUUUUGGAAGUCAAACGGACUUCAGGAAUGGAUUCCUUUCAACUUCCAAGGUACAACUAUAACUUGAUGUUACAGUUCAUGUUCUCUGCCUUGGUUCCAGGUAGUUGUCUAAGCGUACUUAUUUCCUCCUGGUGUGUGGAAUCAGCCAGAAGUGUGUAGGCUGGCUGGCAAUUUAGGAAAAUUGGGCUGGAUGUGGAAGACAAAAUGUCUGGAACAGACAGCUACAACCAGAGGGGUCUAAAUCACUGGAAUUUCCAGAUUGCCUGGAAUAGUGUAGUGGAAAACCUCUACCCAUGAACCGAGUGUAAUCCAAAAUAACUGCCAGUAAAAUUUAUGUUACUGCUUUUUAGCUAAGAGCAAUAUAUAGCUCGGUCGACCUCAUUGUUAAGGUGGGGCUAACAAUUUGAAAUAAUAGGCAAUUAUCAAUUAACACCGCAGUGUUUUUCAGUAGUUGCUGCCAAUUGAAAUUAGUAGGGGGAAAGGUGCUUCUUUAUAUCCUAACCUUAUAAGCAUCCCAAGUAAUGGAUAUAUUCUUUUGUUUCUUACCUAGUUCUAUAGCUUGAAAGAAGCUCUUGGCAGUCCAUGGCUGGGCACACAAACUUAAAUGAAUUGUUUUGUCUGCUAGUAUUUAACAUUGCUAUUUCUUCUGCUCAUUUAUACAACCCUGGCUUAAUACAUUGGCCUUAAAUGUGUAAAACCAGAUGGGAAGUUAAUUGUAGUAAACAAAAUAAAUCUGGCACAGAAAUGCAUAUCGGGAACUCGUAUACUUUUAAAAAGAGGCAGAAAAAAGGGGUGCUGUGCUGGUGACCAAGCAGAGGGAAUAAAUUCUGUCUGCACAAGUGUAUAAUAUACACACUAAAAAAUAAAGCAGGUGUUUGAAACACCCAUUCCUGAAGAAAUGUUGGCAGCUCAGUUUAUGGUGGAAUAAGAGAUACCGAUUUUAACUACCUUCUUUUGGUGAGUAAUACAAUACUGCAGAUGUGCCAUGUUGUUUAAAGUUAAAUAGGAUGAACUGUUAGCUCUUUUUAUAUGUAUAAAAGCUACUUGCUACAGAAUAAAUCAAGAAAGGCCCUCUUGUGGCCAUGGAUUCAAAAGGCACGCUGCUUUAGCUAGACUCCUUCUGCAUAGGAAUAUUUGGUAUUUCCGAAUGCAUGUAGACAUACUUCUCUUGACACUUGUCGGCCUCUGGCUUUAAACCAACAGUGUUUGCAUUCAAGGUGCAUAAUUUAUAUCUGUAAAUGGUGCUGUUGAGGUUCUUUCGCUUAACUAAAGAUGCUGAUUAUGAUGAUAGUAAUUCGUAUUUUAAAGUACCCAGAGCGCUGAGCCCAGUGGGGGGAAGCUCACUCGCAGCUCAUUCACCUCGUUACAUAGCAGGCUUUAAAAUUGCAUAUUUGAUAUUAUCAUUAAACACUUCCUUUCCCUUUUCUCUUUGCAGCCCAGUGACUUUUCAGUAUCUCUAAAGGCAUCGGGGAAGAAUAAACAUUUCAAGGUGCAGCUGGUGGACAGUGUCUAUUGCAUUGGGCAGCGUCGAUUUAAUACUAUGGAUGAGUUGGUGGAACACUACAAAAAGGCUCCUAUCUUCACCAGUGAACAUGGGGAAAAGUUAUAUCUUGUGAAAGCACUUCAGUGA